GGCAAUUGAUCUAUUUCAUUAACCUUAGGAGAUAUUUGUUGAUUGGUCAUUUUAAAAAUCUGUUUCUGAUAUUUCAGUAGCUGUAUCGCUAAAUAUCUUUACAACAGUCAUCCAUUAGGUGAUUUUUUUAUUAUUCUAUAAACAAAACAAAUUCACAUUUCCGAAGAGGACUUUUAUUCUCGUCGGUGACGUUAGUUGGACGUAUGACGAAGUUCCCACAAUCCCCUGCGCCAGGUUUGUGCAGCGCGGUGUGUGUUGUUGUGUGUGUGUGAGGCAGAGAGAGAGAGAGAGAGAAAGGAAAGAUGGCUGCUGAUGGCGUUCCGGGAACAGACUCUAACUCGGACCUCAAUUCAUGGAGCGUCCGCGAGUUACACGCCAAACUGGCGGAGAUCGGAUUGCCGGUUAUGGGCCCGAGAGAAGAGUUAAUAGACAGACUGAAAUCCUACAUGAUGCAGACUGGUGUGAUGAUAACUAAACCCAGCUUGUCAAGUGGCGAUGAAAAGUCCAUGACAACGAUGUCAGGUUUGCCACCCAUGCCACCGAUGCCUUCCAUGCCUCUGCCCCCUGGCAUGCUGCAGGCCAUGGGCAUAAUGGGAGGACCUCCACCUGGCAUACGCAUGAGCAUGGAGCCGCCUGGAGUCUCAUCGGGCAUGUCACAGGACGACCCGCAGAAGAUGGCCCAGAGAGCUGGUCAGGGAGAUUCCAGAGGGAUGGAGGAGCAGCUAAAGGAGCAGGAGCUUCUCGAGCAACAGAAGAGAGCUGCACAGCUGCUGGAGCACGAGAGGCAACAGGAGCUGGUCAAGCUGCAGCAGACAGGGCCACCAGGCACCCGGGCUCCGGAACCAGGAACUGCACCCAACCUGCUGCCACCCAUUCCUCCGUUGAGAGUAGCCUUGACGACCAGCGGCCCACCCCCUCCGGGCGUUUCCAUGGUGGCACAGAACAGUCAGAGACAGAGAGUUCCACCUCCACCUGGCGAGGAUUUAAGAGAGGCGUGGCCGAACGACGAUAUGGGGAUCGGGCCGAAAAUCCCUCAGGCUCUGGAGAAGAUCCUGCAGCUGAAGGAGAUCAGACAGGAGCAGCUCAUUAUCGCUCCUACAGAAGACGAAGACAACGAUGCGGCCGACAUGGACAUGAGCUCUCGUCUAUACUCGGAUGAUGAAGAGGAAGGCACCCUCUCUAAAAAAGAUAAAAGCCGCAGACGCAGGAACCGGAAGAAGAAGAAGAAGAAGAAUCAAGAGAAGAACGAGCAAGCGGAGGCAAAUAAGAACAAUGCUGAGAAAGAGAAAGAUCCUGAAGUAGAGAUCGAGUACGUCACGGAGGAGCCGGAGAUCUACGACCCCAACUACAUUUUCUUUAAGAGGAUCUUUGAAGCGUUUAAGUUGACAGAUGAGCUGAAGAAAGAGAAGGAGAAGGAGCCGGAGAAGACGGAGAAGCAGGAAAUCACCUCGUAUAAGAAGAAAUUUUUAGAGGAGAAGAAAGACAGCGACGACAGUGACGAGGAAGCUAAACCGGACGUGCCCAAACUUUCCAAGAAGAAGCUGAGAAGGAUGAACAGACUGACUGUAGCUGAGCUCAAACAGUUGGUGGCGCGGCCGGACGUGGUGGAGAUGCACGACGUGACGGCACAGGAACCCAAGCUGCUGGUGCACCUGAAGGCCACGAGGAACACCGUCCCUGUGCCUCGCCACUGGUGCUUCAAGAGGAAGUACCUGCAGGGGAAGAGGGGUAUCGAGAAGCCACCCUUCGAGCUGCCCGAGUUCAUCAAACGCACCGGCAUCCAGGAGAUGAGAGAAGCCCUGCAGGAGAAGGAGGAUGCUAAAACCAUGAAGACAAAAAUGCGCGAGAAAGUUCGCCCAAAGAUGGGCAAGAUUGACAUCGACUACCAGAAGCUCCACGACGCCUUCUUCAAGUGGCAGAUCAAGCCCAAGCUCACCAUCCACGGAGAUCUGUACUACGAGGGUAAGGAGUUUGAGACACGUCUGAAAGAGAAGAAGCCCGGAGAUCUGUCAGACGAGCUGAGGAUCGCUCUGGGCAUGCCCACUGGCCCUAAUUCCCAUAAGGUUCCUCCUCCGUGGCUUAUUGCCAUGCAGAGAUACGGUCCUCCUCCCUCCUACCCCAAUCUGAAGAUCCCCGGCCUCAACGCCCCCAUUCCUGAGAACUGCUCGUUUGGAUAUCACGCCGGAGGAUGGGGGAAACCUCCUGUAGACGAGACCGGAAAACCUCUUUACGGAGACGUGUUCGGAACCAACGCUGUAGACUUCCAGGCCAAAGCCGAGGAGGAGGAAGUGGACCGAACCCCAUGGGGUGAACUCGAACCAUCAGACGAAGAGUCUUCAGAAGAAGAGGAAGAGGAGGAGAGCGACGAGGACAAACCAGACGAGUCGGGUUUCUUCACGCCUGCCGACAGCGGCUUAAUCACCCCUGGUGGCUUCUCCUCGGUUCCUGCUGGCAUGGAGACUCCAGAACUGAUUGAGCUCAGGAAGAAGAAGAUCGAAGAGGCGAUGGACGGAAACGAAACUCCACAGUUGUUCACAGUGCUGCCAGAGAGGCGAACAGGCCCUGUGGGAUCAGCCAUGAUGGCGUCCACACACAUCUACGAAAUGUCUGCGGCGGGAGCAGCACGGAAGGUGGCCGGGGUGACCGGCUUGGGCGGAGACUCCCAGGGAGUGGAGGUGGCUCUGGCCCCAGAGGAGCUGGAGCUCGACCCGAUGGCCAUGACGCAGAAGUACGAGGAGCAUGUGCGCGAGCAGCAGGCUCAGGUGGAGAAGGAGGACUUCAGCGACAUGGUGGCCGAACACGCCGCCAAACAGAAGCAAAAGAAGAGAAAAGGCCAACCACAGGACACUCGUGCUGGAGCCAAGAAAUACAAAGAGUUCAAGUUUUAAAGAGGAGACGAGCGUGAGACCACGAAUAAUCAAAACCGUCUUUUUUUUUUUUUUUUUUUUAAAGUCAGCUCUGUAGAAAUAAAGGCCUCUCUGUGAGCUGAUCAAGCAGUUUUUCAUGUUCACCGUCUUUUGUAAAUAAAAUAUAAAUCUGUCAUUUUGUUUAUUUUUGGACUGAUGUUUCUGCUUCAGCAGACAAUUUAAAGAUUUCACAAAUGGUUGUUUAUCACUUUUACUUUAGAGGAAAAUGUGUACUGUGGUGGAUUGCCAUUUGGGUCAGAGAUUAAAAUCUACAUGCAGGAUAAAGGAAGUCACUUGUCGUUUGAGGGCGUAAACUCUAAAGCGUUGUUUAUUUUUCUUUAUUCAAUUCGGAUUAAAAGUUUUAGCAGUUUAAAAAAGGCAACGAUUUAAACACAAAAAAUAUUUAAACGUGAAUUAACACCUGAAAAGCUGAGAGUUUGUUUGAUUUGUUUAUUGUGUGUCUGACUUUAUAUCAGCUUUGUUGGUUAUGUGUCAAAAAUCUCUGCUUUCCUCCAAACUUGUUUUUCUUUUACUGUCAUUUACAGACCGGACAUGAAACCAUGAUAGUAAGCCGUUUUUAAUGGGAGCUUAGGAACUAAAGAAACCUCAGACCACAUGCAUCAUAAGAUCGGUCAGAGGAAUCAGUGCAAAUUGCUAAGUUUGUAUUUUAUUAAAGAGAGAUAGAAUGUG